AAAUUGUUACCAAUGACUGAUAGAACACCCCUUCUUCACCCUGUGUCUACCCAAGGCUCGGAAUAUGAUGAGAGUGAAAUCGUCUCGUAUGUCCAAGAAAGACGUACAUCAAUGGCCUCCAUGGGCGAUAAGAAUCCGUUCAGUUUAGUUCACACCAGAACUGGACACCGUGGUCCAUCCGAAAAUAUCGUUGGUGGUGGAAGCACCAGUAUCAGUGGAGGUACCGGUGGACUCUCGACCUUCAAAUCCCAUUCAUCGUUCAACAAACAAUCAUUGGCUGAUGUCUCAGAUAUCUUAUCUCAUCAUGCCAAUGAAUUAGCCGAUGAACCAGAAACUUCCUUAAUAAAUGAAGUUAAAUCGUUGGUUUUAUAUUCCGUACCAUUGAGUAUUACCUUCUUGUUACAAUACUCUCUUACAGUGGCCUCAGUGUUCUCUGUCGGUCGAUUAGGACUGACUGAACUCGCGGCGGUUUCGUUAUCAUCCAUGACGGCAAAUAUUUCCGGUUAUGCCAUUAUUCAAGGUGUAUCUACUUGUCUUGAUACAUUAUGUGCACAAUCUUACGGUAGGAAAGAUUACAACAUGGUUGGGUUACAUUUUGUUAGAUGUUCAUACCUUCUUUUCCUUUUGUACAUCCCAAUGUUCAUUUUAUGGGUAUUUCUUUCCAAACCAAUCUUGUUGGCAAUUGUUGGAGAAGAUCAAUUGGAAUUAUGUACAUUUGCAUCCGAUUACUUGAAAGUUUUAAGUUUUGGACUUCCAGGGUUUAUUUUAUUUGAAAAUGCAAAGCAUUUCCUUCAAUGUCAAGGUGUUUUCCAUGCAUCAACUUAUGUUCUCUUCUUUUGUGCACCAUUAAACGCUUUGUUAAACUAUUUACUUGUUUGGGAUAAACAUAUUGGAAUGGGCUUUAUUGGAGCUCCUCUUUCAGUGGUUAUUACCGAUUGGGUUAUGUGUUUUAUGUUAUUUGCCUAUAUUUAUUUUGUUCGUGGAUAUGAAUGUUGGCCAGCAGAUUCUCUUUUCAGUAAGAGAUGUUUCACUAAUUGGCAGAAAAUGAUUGAUUUAUCAGUACCUGGUGUACUUAUGGUUGAAGCAGAAUGGUUAGCCUUUGAAAUUAUUACUUUCACUGCAUCUACAUUUGGUACUGAAGUAUUGGCAGCUCAAUCGAUUAUUUCAACAACAUGUGUAUUGUGUUACCAAAUCCCAUUUGCCAUCUCGAUCGCUGCAUCCACUAGAGUGGCUUGGUACAUUGGAGCUGCCUCCAAAAAUGCUGCCAAAAUUGCCUCAAAUGCAGCCAUUUACACAUCAAUGGUUGUUGGAGUCAUCAAUGGAUUGUUUUUAUUUAUUUUCAGAGAACAAUUGGCUAAAUUAUUCACUAGUGAUGAAUUAGUUAUCACUUUAGCAUCAAAAGUGUUAAUUAUUGGUGCAUGUUAUCAAGUUAAUGAUUGUAUUUCGUGUGCUACAAAUGGAGUUUUAAGAGGUCAAGGUAGACAAAAAAUUGGAGGUUAUUUGAAUUUAUUUUCUUAUUAUUGUAUUGCAUUACCAUUGGCUUUCCUUUUCGCCUUUUAUUUUGAUCUUGAACUUGUUGGACUUUGGUUGGGGAUGAUCAUUGCCUUAUUUACCGUAUCAGUCUUGCAAUAUUAUUUUGUUCUCAUUAGUGAUUGGGAUCACAUUAUUAAUGAGUGCAUUAAUGAAGGUAUCGAGGAUGGAGGUAUCAAUAUUGAUGCUCAUUCACUUGUACCCAGUAUGAGUCAUGGAUCCUUGCUUGUAUAG